AACACCUCACAACACAUACUCACUCACACACACAUACCUCCUCCAGCUCCACCAUGGGCUUCUCUAACCUGUCUGCUUGCUCCAGCGACCUGAGCUACAGCAGCCGGAUCUGCCUGCCUGGAUCCUGUGACUCCUGCACCGGCUCCUCCUGGCAGGUGGACGACUGUCCAGAGAGCUGCUGCGAGCCCCCCUGCUGUGCCCCCAGCUGCUGCACCUCGGCCCCCCGCCUGACCCUCCUCUGUGCCCCAGUGAGCUGCGAGUCCCGCCCCUGCUGCCAGCCAGCCUGCAGCAGCUCCUGCCCGGCCUUGUGCUGCCAGCAGUCUAGCUGCCAGCCCUCCUGCUGCACCUCCUCCCCCUGCCAGCAAGACUGCUGUGAGCCCGUCUGCUGCAGGCCUGUCUGCUGUGAACCCGUCUGCUGCAGGCCCAUCUGCUAUACACCCGUCUGCUGCACACCUGUCUGCUGUGAGCCCGUCUGCUGCAGGCCCGUCUGCUGUAGGCCUGUCUGCUGCACACCUGUCUGCUGCAGGCCCGUGUGCUGUGAGGCCUCCCCUUGCUCAGCCCCCUCAUCCUGCUGCAGACCCUCCUCCUCCGUGUCCCUGCUCUGCCAUCCUGUGUGCCGCCCCGCCUGCUCUGUGCCCACCUCCUCCUGCCAGCCCAGCUGCUGCCGCCCGGCCUCCUCCGUGUCCCUCCUCUGCCACCCCGUGUGCCGCCCCACCUGCUCUGUGCCCACCUCCUCCUGCCAGCCCAGCUGCUGCCGCCCGGCCUCCUCCGUGUCCCUGCUCUGCCAGCCCGCAUGCUCCCGCCCAGCCUGCUGCGUCCCUGCCUCGGCCCCGGAGCCCUGCUGCUGAUUUGGCUGCCAUGUCCCCUCAGGGCCAGCCAGGCUCCAGGGUCCCUCAACAGAGAGGCUCAGCUCAGAGAUAUUAGCCCUUAACCUCCCCCAGGACUUUAACCCCAGAAAGGACACCCACGGGCCAUCUCCUCUGUGUCACCAGGAAUGACAGGGACUCCUCAUCCUCCAGGGUCUUCUCAGCAGUUGCUGCCAAGGUCAUCCUAGAGCCUAAACCCAGGCUGAGUCAUCACACCGGGUCUGGUUCUCUGGGCCCCGCCCCUCCUCCAGGCCCCGCCCUUCUUCCACGUCCCGCCCCAUCGGCUCCCAGGCUCUCCUCCGCAGGACCUGCCCGCCUAGCUUGAUAAACUCGGCUUCUUCACUUUACAUGCUUCCUCAUACCAUGUCCUCUCCUGAUCUGAGUGUGGUGGGGGCAGGGGCUCCGGGGAGAGGCACACACCACCCUCACCACUCCAAACAGAACCUCCCAUGACCCUUCCUGGGAGAAGAGAACCAGGAAGGCCCCGGAGUUGGGACCUGGCAAGACAGGGGGCGGCCACCCUGGGCUUCAGGCCGAGGCUGCACUGUCCAGGCCUCCCCCACAAAGCCGAGGGGUGGCUGCGCACCCCGAGGUCAAUCACGAGGCCUUGGAGGCCUGCUGCUCUGCAACCCAGCCACAUUCCGCCUGUCCUCCAUGGCACUUGCAGCCCUCCCUCCCCAGUGAGGUCCUGAGGACAGUAAAUAGUGUUUCCUCAGCUCUGAAUGCUGCUUAUCAAAGGCGCACUGUGUCCAUCCUGAAGGCUCCACUCAGAUCCCCUCACAAGAACCCACCAUGGGGUCCCAGCUGCCAUCCUUGCUUUGACCCCAGCAUCCACGCCAGGCUGCUCCCAGCAUACGACUGGGCCAGCAGGACAGAGGCUUCAUGCUCCGACUAUACGUCCACCUGCUGAGGCAUUCUCAGAGCCGAGGGGAGAGCCAAGGCGCUGCCCACCGGGCCCUCCUUCCUUCCUGCUCCCCAGGCAGGGGAGUCUGGUCAACCUGGGCAUGCCAAAGCCCUUCCCCAUUCCACUCCUCCUCUUACUCUUCCCACAGGCAUCCCCAAAAUAAACUUCUAGCGAGUCUAUCA